GAGACAUCCCAUGGAAAGGGGUGGGUUGUUUUGUUUUGUGUUUUGGACUCUUCUCUUGCCAUUGGGGUGAGCUAGCAUGCCUUUCCUCUGGCAGAUGCUCCCUCCAGCUGGCCUCGCUACCAUAGAAAGAGCUCAUGCAAGGACACAAUAAGAGGUACCAGUGAGGGAUCUGUCCAAUCUUCCAAUCCAUCCAUCCAUCCUGUCCCUUUGAGGGCAGUGUUUCUUCUCUUCCAUGAAGUUACUGUAAACAUUAAUGGGAAAGCUCCAUCAGUGGAGCUGAAUCCACUUUCUGAAAUGACGGAGGCUACCCUCGAAGAGUCAGAAGAACCCACUGUCUCAGGAAAUGUCACCACAACAAAGAAGAAGAAAGAGGUCCCUGACAGAGGUUCUUGGAAAGGCAAAUUUGACUUCUUGCUCUCCUGUGUAGGAUACGCCAUUGGCCUGGGCAACGUUUGGCGCUUCCCGUAUCUUUGUGGCAAAAAUGGAGGAGGUGCUUUCCUGAUUCCUUAUUUUCUGACGCUGGUGUUUGCUGGGAUUCCACUUUUCCUGUUGGAAACAGCUCUUGGACAAUACACCUCUGUUGGAGGACUCGGAGUGUGGAAACUAGCACCCAUGUUUAAAGGAGUUGGCCUGGCUGCAGUAGUCCUUUCUUUCUGGCUAAAUAUCUACUAUAUUGUCAUCAUUGCCUGGGCCCUCUAUUAUCUCUUCAACUCUUUCACUGCGACCCUGCCCUGGCAGAGUUGUGGAAAUGCUUGGAAUACAGACAGAUGCUUCUCUAACUACUCCUUGAAUGACACCACCAACCUGACCAGCGCUGUGACCGAGUUCUGGGAGAGGAACAUGCACCAAAUUUCUGGAGGCCUGGGAGAGCCAGGAAAUAUUCGUUGGCCAUUGGCUGGGACGCUUGCAUUAGCCUGGAUCCUGGUCUAUUUCUCCAUAUGGAAGGGGGUUGAGUGGACUGGAAAGGUUGUGUACUUCUCAGCUACCUAUCCUUACUUCAUGCUGUUUAUUCUGUUCUUUCGUGGAGUCACCUUGCCAGGAGCCAAGGAGGGAAUCCUCUUUUACAUCACACCAGAUUUCAGCAAGCUCUCUCAAUCUGAGGUCUGGAUGGAUGCAGCCACACAGAUCUUUUUCUCCUACGGUUUAGGGCUUGGCUCUCUGAUUGCCCUAGGAAGCUACAACACCUUUCACAACAAUGUCUACAGAGACUCCAUCAUUGUUUGUUGUAUAAAUUCCUCAACAAGCAUCUUUGCAGGAUUUGUUAUUUUCUCGAUUAUUGGUUUCAUGUCUCACAUCACCAAGAAGUCCAUAGCUGAACUGGCAUCUUCAGGUCCAGGACUGGCCUUUCUUGCCUAUCCGCAGGUUGUCACACAGCUGCCAAUGUCGCCUCUCUGGUCAAUUCUCUUCUUUUCCAUGCUCAUGAUGCUUGGUCUUGACAGCCAGUUUUGCACAGUGGAAGGCUUCAUCACAGCCUUGAUGGAUGAGUACCCACGCCUAUUGAGAACAAGGAAGAAAAUCUUCAUUGCAAUAGUGUGUUUCAUUUCCUACCUCAUUGGGUUCUCCAACAUCACCCAGGGUGGCAUCUAUGUUUUCAAGCUGUUUGAUUAUUACUCUGCCAGCGGCAUGUGUCUCCUCUUCCUUGUCUUCUUUGAGACGAUCUCCAUCUCCUGGUGUUACGGUGUCAACAGAUUUUAUAGCAACAUUGAAGAGAUGAUCGGUUAUAGGCCCUGUGGAUGGUGGAAGAUAUGCUGGUCCUUCUUCACUCCACUUGUUUGUUUGGGGGUUUUCUUCUUCAGCGUUAUUGAAAUGACUCCCCUGAGUCUAGGGAAAUAUGUUUAUCCAUUUUGGGGACAAGGCAUUGGAUGGUCCAUGGCCUUGUCCUCAAUGGUCUUGAUUCCAGGAUACAUGCUAUUCUUUUUCUUCACUGCAAAAGGAACAAUCCGACAGCGUUUUCAGCUGAUGACCCAACCCACGUCAGAUGUGGAACUUCAGCACAAUGGACUGCAACUGAAGGCUUCACUCAAUGGGAGCGCCUCUGAGGCUGCUGUCUAGGCAGAGAAAAUGUCCUUUCUGUAACUUAAUCAGUGGACUUCAAGGGACUUGUUUAUGUUCUUAAAAUCUCCUCCCCCUCCCCUUCCCCCUUAAAAAUCGCCCUGAAAUUGUAGAGGUUAAGUCUCUUCUAUCUGAAAUGCUUGGAAUCAGAAAUAGUUAUUAUUAUUAUUGGAUCUUGAAUUAGCAUAUAUGGGGCUUCUGGGUGUUGAAGUCCAAACUUUCUUCUGGUGGACCAAAGUUUGGGAACCACUACCUCAGACUGAUAUUCUUUUCCCUGAUCCUUUGUGAUCCACUUCCCUUCUGUUAGAAUAUCUGACAUGAGGAACAGAGACUUCCAGAUGUACCCCAAGAUUUUGUCAACAAAGAAAUUUGUCAAUGUGUAUUUCUAUAUGACUCCAGGAAACAAAUUUAAACUAAUUUACUUGACAAAAAAGCACCUUGAGAAAAAGCAUAUGUUGGUCUUUGGAGCUGACCAGUGGUUUACUUGAGGGCUUCCUGGAAUGAAGCAUUGUGAUUUUGUUUUGGCCAUGGACACAAUUACAUCAUCUGCUUGCUCCCCAGUAUUCUGCGCUUCCUCUGAAUGUAACAACAAUAACAGGAGGAUUUCCCACCAAGGGCAUUUUGUUGUAAGUUAUCUGUACUAAUGAGAAACAUUAUUUUGGGAUGGCUUGUCUUGGAAGGUCAAGUAGGAGGCAUUAGCGAUUCUGUUUUCGGUGGAGACAAAAUAUUAGCAUUGAUUUUUCAUCAUGGGUCAGGACAGCUGCCUGGCUGUUUUGGGAUCUCCUUGUGAUGAGGCUAUGAGUGGUGUCAUUGUCA